GGCCCGUUUGAAAAGAGCACCACGUAUGGAUAGCCGACAGAAUAAUCAAUAAUGUAUGUAUGUAUAUUUGCAUCCGAUUUUUCAGAAGAAGAAAAAAUUACGACUACUGAAUUUCAGAGGUGCGAGAGGAUCUUCGAGCGAUGGCUUCCAAACGGAUCUUGAAAGAACUCAAGGAUCUCCAGAAAGAUCCUCCUACCUCUUGCAGCGCAGGCCCAGUGGCAGAAGACAUGUUUCACUGGCAAGCUACAAUUAUGGGGCCUCCCGACAGCCCUUACUCUGGUGGCGUUUUUCUAGUUACUAUUCAUUUCCCUCCGGAUUAUCCGUUUAAGCCACCUAAGGUGGCUUUUAGAACAAAGGUUUUCCACCCGAACAUCAACAGCAAUGGUAGCAUCUGUCUUGAUAUUUUGAAGGAACAAUGGAGCCCGGCUCUAACUAUUUCCAAGGUUUUACUAUCGAUUUGCUCUUUGUUAACCGACCCUAACCCAGACGACCCUCUUGUGCCCGAGAUUGCUCACAUGUACAAGACAGAUAGGAGCAAAUAUGAGACAACCGCACGAAGCUGGACCCAGAAGUAUGCCAUGGGUUAGUUACUGUGUUGUGUUACUUUUAUGAAGAAAAUAAUAUAUUUGUAAUGAAUGAGAAUGUGUGAAUUAUGUUUUCAAGUAUUGUAAUUUGUAAGAGACAAGGUUUAGGGUUUAGAAGGUAAAGGUAACAAAACAUGCCCCGUCCUAAAAGACACUUUUUAAUUUGUUUUGCCUUUCUAAACAAUCUAAGCUUGUUCUGUUUUGUACU